CCGGCAGCCGCGGUCAGGUGGCACCGCCGAGACGGAGCCGGCCGAGCACGAUAAAAGUCCCGGCCCGCCGCCGCCACGGCCGCGAGGGAGCGCGGAGUCGCCGCCCGGGAGCCAUGCCCAGCGUGGGACACUCUCCCUGAGCCACCCCAGCCCCAGCAGCCCCGAGCUCCGCGGUGCCGCGCCGUGACCGAGAGCAGGACCUUGUCACCAACUUGACCGAGCAGCGGGAGCUCUCGCUGUGCUGCCGCCAGCGGGCCACACAAUCCUCCCUUGGCUCUCUCCCCACGAUGGAAGCCUGAGCGCCAGGAUCCUCCAUGACCUCCAGAAGCCACAACUCCCUGCCGAGGACUCUGAUGGCUCCGCGGCUGCUCUCGGAAGGCGCCCUGGGGGGCAUCGCCCAGAUCACGCCCUCGCUGUACCUGAGCCGGGGCAGCGUGGCCUCCAACCGGCACCUGCUGCUGUCGCGGGGCAUCACGUGCAUCAUCAACGCCACCAUCGAGAUCCCCAACUUCAACUGGCCCCAGUUUGAGUACGUCAAAGUGCCUUUGGCCGACAUGCCCAACGCGCCCAUCUCGCUCUACUUCGACAGCGUGGCCGACAAGAUCCAGAGCGUGGCGCGCAAGCACGGCGCCGCGCUGGUGCACUGCGCCGCCGGCGUCAGCAGGUCGGCCACGCUCUGCAUCGCCUUCCUCAUGAAGCACCACAAGGUCUCCCUGCUGGAGGCCUACAGCUGGGUGAAGGCGCGGCGCCCCGUGAUCCGGCCCAACGUGGGCUUCUGGCGGCAGCUGAUAGACUACGAGAGGAAGCUCUUUGGCAAGACCACGGUUAAAAUGGUACAGACGCCCUACGGCAUCGUCCCGGACGUUUACGAGAGAGAGAGGAGACCCCUGAUGCCUUACUGGGGAAUUUAACGGGACUGCAGAUGGGAAACGCGAGUUGAGCAGACCGGAGAUGUUCCCUUCUCCUUCUACAGCCAACUUUGGUUCUCUACCACACAGCAGAACCUCAACUGUCACCUCACUAACCCGCAAGGCCAACGAUUCCCUUCGAAGCGUUUUUCUCUAUGGGGAUUUCCCAUCUGCAUCUCUGAUUUAGUAAAUCCGGGUCUCAUUAUAAGUUUAUUCCUUCCAUAAAGCCUCCAUAUUUUUUUCCUUUUUUUUUUCAGUCAGUUUAUUAGGAUCCUCCAGGGAAGGGCCUGAGAGGCAUUGGGCAGAGUGGAUGGCCCAAGUACGCUUCCUGCCUCAGUAGUAGCCUGGAUAUUUUGUUCUAGCUUGUUUGCUUCCUUGCACAACCCUGUAGUGGCUCAGGAGCAGCACCAGCGAGGCCCUGCCCCACAGCAGCAGGUUUUCCAAGCACCAGGGAGGCAGGAGCACAGGGGCCGUGGUGCUGGUGCUGGUGUUUUCUUUAACAUCCGUAGUGACUCUCAGUAUAUAGUGUUUGAGACCUUUAGUCAGCUCUUAAUCGUAUUCAAAGUUAGGGGAAAAAAGGGAAAAAAACAAACAAACAAAAAAGAUUGAAUCAGUCCGUGUCGGCCACAAGUGAAAUAAAAAUUGAGCAAUUCAAAUCAAAUAAAUACAAGAUCCUUUUUCACUCAUUCCAUGCCAGGGCAAUAGUCCUGGAAUACACUUCAACCACUGGAAAAUGCUGGUGUGUUCUGUGGGUGGAAAGUUGACAGAUCUUGUCCAGAUGUGGCUCAAGGCAGAAGCAGGAGGGAUGAAGCCUCUGGGGCAGCCAAAGAGACGCUCAGGAAUGUGUGCACGGCCCUGCCAGGGCUGGGGAUGUGUGUGCCAGCAUCCGGCA